CUCAGGUGUGUCCAGGUGCCUUCAGGUCCAUCCAGAUGUGUCCAGGUGUGCUACCACAUGUCCAGGUGUGUGCAGGUGUGUGUCCAGGUGUGUGACCUCAUGUCCAGCUGUGUCCAGCUGUGCUCAGGUGUGUCACCACAUGUCCUGGUAUGUCCAGGUGUGCUCAGAUGUGUCCAGGUGUGUCACCACAUGUCCAGGCAUGUCCAGGUGUGUCCAGCUGUGCUCAGGUGUGUCCAGCUGUGCUCAGGUGUGUCACCACAUGUUCUGGCAUGUCCAGGUGUGCUCAGGUGUGUCCAGGUGCCUUCAGGUUCAUCCAGAUGUGUCCAGGUGUGUGACCACAUGUUCAGGUGUGUCCAGGUGUGUGACCUCAUGUGCAGUUGUGUCCAGAUAUGUAACCACGUGUCCAGGUGUGUGAACACAUGUCCAGGUGUCACCAGGUGUGUCCAGGUGUGUGACCUCAUGUGCAGUUGUGUCCAGAUGUGUAAACACAUGUCCAGGUGUGUGACCACAUGUGCAGGUGUGCUCAGGUGUGUGACCUCAUGUGCAGUUGUGUCCAGAUGUGUAACCACGUGUCCAGGUGUGUCACCACAUGUCCAGGUGUCACCAGGUGUGUCCAGGUGUGUGACCUCAUGUGCAGUUGUGUCCAGAUGUGUAACCACGUGUCCAGGUGUGUGGACACGUGUGCAGGUGUGUCCAGGUGUGCCCAGGUGUGUGACCUCAUGUCCAGGUGUGUCCAGGUGUGUGCAAGUGUGUGGCCAAAUGUCCAGAUGUGUCCAGGUGUGCCCAGGUGUGUCCAAGGGUGUCCAGGUGUGCUCAGGUGUGCUCAGGUGUGUCCAACUGUGUGAACACAUGUCCAGAUGUGUCCAGGUGUGCUCAGAUCCAUCCAGGUGUGUCCAGGUGUGUUCAGGUCCACCCAGGUGCGUCCAGGUCAUGGCAGGUGUGUGCAGGUUUGUGAACACAUGUCCAGAUGUGUCCAGGUGUGUUCAGGUCCAUCCAGGUGUGCUCAGGUCCAUCCAGGUGCAUUCAGGUCCAUCCAGGUGUGUGCAGGUGUGUCAGGUGUGUGCAGGUGUGUGAGCACAUGUCCAGAUGUGUCCAGGUGUG